AUGGCUGCUACGAAAUUUUUUAAGCUAAGUCUUCCGGCUUAUUGCAAGCAGAUCUGUGUAACAAACCCAGGAACCAUUGCGGCCGUGUACUCGAAUAAGCCCGAACUUCGGCGCCUUUUUGUCGCCUACCGAGCGUUAAUUUCAGGAUUUAAAUCUGGAUGCCGUACACUACUAGGCCUUGAUGGAACCCACUUAAGAUCAGAGUAUUUUGGGACGCUCCUAGCGGCGACGGUUGUGGACGGCGACGGACCUCUCUUUCCGCUGACAAUGGCCGUCGUCGAUGCUAAAAAUGACGAGAACUGA